GUUGGUACUUUUAUGGGGGUGGGAAUAGGUUAGUUACAGUGCCCUCUAUAAUGUUUGGGACAAAGACCCAUCAUUUAUUUAUUUCCCUCUCUACUCCACAAUUUUGGAUUUGUAAUAGAAAGAAAAUCACACGUGGUUAAAUUGCACAUUGUCAGAUAUUAACCAUAUAUAACCAUAUAACAAUUACAGCACGGAAACAGGCCAUCUCGGCCCUACAAGUCCAUGCCGAACAAUUAUUUUCCCCUAGUCCCAUCUACCUACACUCAGACUAUAACCCUCCAUUCCUUUCCCAUCCAUAUACCUAUCCAAUUUAUUUUUGAAUGAUAAAUUCGAACCUUCCUCCACCACGUCCACUGGAAGCUCAUUCCACACAGCUACCACUCUCUGAGUAAAGAAGUUCCCCCUCAUGUCACCCCUAAACUUCUGUUCCUUAAUUCUGAAGUCGUGUCCUCUUGUUUGAAUCUUCCCUACUCUCAAUGGGGAAAAGCUUGUCCACGUCAACUCUGUCUAUCCCUCUCAUCAUUUUAAAGACCUCUAUCAAAGUUUUAUUCUUCUUUCUCAGUCUCAUAAUGGCUUCUUUGACUUUAAAUUGGCACAACUUUGGCCCUCACUUUGAUGCAUCAUUUUAAUCACAUGGUGAUUUCUUUUUUCUCUUUCCUAUUACAAAUCUCAAAUUGUGGAGCAGAGGCAAGUAAACAAAUCAUGAGCCUUUGUCCCAAACAUUAUGGAGGGCACUGUAUCGAUCGAGCAGUACCACACUGCAGAACAGCACAAAAAGCUGCAGUAACUCAGCGGUACAGGCAGCAACUCUGGAGAGACGUUGCUGUGUCUGUCUAGCACAGAAGCCACACCACUCAUGAAUGAGUAGUAAUGAGGCGGAUAUAUAAGAUUGCAGUGCAUGUUUGAUGGCCAUAUAUGGUUAUGGCGCAUGCGUGUGGACUAUAUAAGGUCACGGCGCAUGCGUGGGGACUAUAUAAGGUCACGGCGCAUGCGUGGGGACUAUAUAAGGUCACGGCGCAUGCAUGGGGACUAUAAGGUCACGGCGCAUGCACAAGGGCCAUAUAAGGGGGCGGCGCAUGCACAAGGGCCAUAUAAAGGUUCCUGCGCGGGCGUGAGACGGCUAUAUAAGCCGCAGCGCAGCGGCCAUUGGUAGAUUGGUGAUGAGGAGGUGUGUUGGUGCGGUCUCAUCUUCUCUCUUUCCCUGCACUAUCGCCCUGCCUGCUCUCACUCUCUCUCCCUGCCUGCACUCGCUCUCUCCCUGCCUGCACUUGCUCUCUCUCCCUGCCUGUACUCACUCUCUCUCCCUGCCUGCUCUCUCUUUCUCCCUGCCUGCACUCUCUUUCUCCCACUCUUCACUCUCUUUCUCCCUGCCUGCUCUCUCUUUCUCCCUGCCUGCACUCUCUUUCUCCCACUCUUCACUCUCUUUCUCCCUGCCUGCUCUCUUUCUCCCUGCCUGCACUCUCUUUCUCCCACUCUUCACUCUCUCUCUCCCUGCCUGCACUCUCUCUCUCUCUCUCUCUCUCUCUCUCUCUCUCUCUCCCUCUCUCUCCCCCCUUCACACUCCCCGCACUCUCUCACUGCACUUCCACCACCGUAGUCUCUCACCAUCUUCCCCGGGCCCCGAGAUCUGCCUCCCCCGGCACUGCCUGGCCCGCUGUAGCUUCAUGCUGUUUAUGGAGCAGAGGCAAUCAUCCACGAUGAUUUUGUUGAUUGUAUUUAAUAAAAGGCUAUAUUUGACUUUGAAAUUGUUUAUUUUUAUUAAUCCAUGUGGUAUUGCUUGCUCAAGUGAGAUCAGUGGAAUAAUGUUUAGCUUUAAGGCCCUGUCCCACUUGCGUGUCCUUGGCACGCAAAUCACGGGCCUUCCUCAUCGCGUUGACGAGCACGGGCAUCAUGUGGCCGCACGGGGCAGGUCCACUGAGAAGCGCGGAGGGGUAUGGAGUCGUGCGCGGUAUCGCGGCGCUCCAAAAUUUUGUAGUGAACAAAAUCUUUGCGCGCCACCGGCCUGUCGCAUAACUGACGGCCAAAGUGGGGCAGGCCCAAGACCCUGGCACGACGCAACGUCUCGCCUCCAAAAGCAGCUGAAUCAAGCAAACGAUCGCCGUUGCGGUCGGUAUCCGCCCCCACUUCUACUCCCAGAGCGGGGCCAAGAAAAUUGAAGAUAGACACAAAAUGCUGGAUUAGUCCUGCAUUUUGUGUCUAUCGUCAAAUGACGUCACGCGCACCAGAAGGCUGUGCGGGUGCAUGAAGUCGCGCGUGACCGUCGAGUAAUUGGCGUGCCAAGGACACGCAAGUGGGACAGGGGCACAAGAGACAAAGCGCGGAAACGGGCCCUUGGCCCACCGUGUCCACGCCGACCCGCACAUAAGUACUAGGUCGGGACAGUCACAAUUUAUUACCGAAGCCAAUUGAUCUACAAACCUAGACGUCUUUGUGUUAUUUUGGUUUAGAAACACAGUGCGGAAACGGAGUUACCCAGCAUUUUGUGCGUAUCUUUUUAUAAACAUCAAUGUGCUUAACUACAAAAUUCAUCUUUGCCACAUAACGGCUAGAGUGAAACUUUGGUGAGAUUUAAAUAGUAGAUUGCGAAGCUCAUGUCAAAUGGUUGAGAGUUGUCAUUUGGUUUCAUCUUCAAUCAACUGUGGCAGAUGUUUGGAUUAUUUGGUUACUGAUUCUAGAGACUUUGGAGAUUGAUGAACAAUGGAGCAGAUUGAUGUCUUGCUGGACUUUGGGAAUGGGCACAUUUAGCCACUCGUGUUAGGCUACACUGUUAAUGCUGGCUUUCUGCAGUGAGUGUUUUCAAUGAGUUUUUUCUGAACAGCAGUGGUUUAAAAUUGUACAUCGUGAUAGAUUUAAAAAUUGUGGUGAAUUAAGUAUGAAUGUUGUCUUCCU